AUGAACUAUAACGGCCACGUGUUGACGACCAAGGUGAGCCACCUACUGGGAGGAAAUCGGCUGUGGCCAAACCUGGAGAGGGAUGGGCUCCGCCAGGUUUCAGAUGCCCAGAUGAUGUGUGCACCAAAAAGCUGGUGCAAAGCUUGUCAGGACGGCACCCCGACGAUUCCAAAGGGGUUUCGCAGCGCUGGACAUGAUUUUCUACGUUCUUUUUUGGUUUGUGCCGUCUUUCGGAGUUGCAGGUUAUGUAUCGCAUUGAACUGCUGCCGCUCAGUUAAUACAUUUCACGUCACAGUGAGGAGUAAGGAAGUAAUUGGGACCAUUGGUUCAUCGGCUUUAUUGGAUCCUGAACACCAAGGUGAUCUCAGCAGGAGUGAAAUUUUAUGGAUCUUCACCGGCAGCAACAAAAGCCCUGUUACUAUUUUGGAUUACGUUCCAGAUAAACCUGUGGAGGAACCAAAUGAACAAUUCAGGUCCCGUUUACAGUUUAACGCUUCUACUGGCUUUCUGCGGGUAGACAGGAUAAAACCUGAGGAUCAAGGUGUUUAUAAUUUUGAAGUAGAUGAGAGAAGAACAACUACAAUCGAAUUGCUUCUCUUCUAUGAGCUGUCAAAAACUCUGAUAAGGAGCUACAGUGCCCCUGGUUACACCAUCCAACUCACCUGUGAGGUUGAUGGAAAUCCGCAGAAGUAUGAGUGGCUGAGAAAUGGAGAGAAAAUCUCCCAGCAUCACUUGCUAAUCAAUGGAAACAGAAGCCUUGUCAUCUUGACAGAUUUGACAGGUGAAUGUGGAACGUACACCUGUGUUGCUACCAAUCCUGUCGGCUCUACCCAGGCAAAUUACACCAUAAAUCUCCCAGGUGCUUCUGGUGAAGACUCUAUCAUUAUUAUUGCAUCAAUCACAGGACUGCUAUCAUCUUUGGUAUCUCACAGUGGAUUCUUGCUUCUGUCAUGGUUGGAGAAGAAAUCAAACCAAGUGUUUCAGAGCCUCAUUAUUUGCAACAUUUUGUCUGUUGUUGCUACCUUCGUUGCCCUCAUCUCCUGGGUUGCGAUUAAAGGUGCUGCCUUUAUAUCUGUUGUUGCGUUAUGCAUUGUCUCUGCCCUGUUUUUGGCCAUAAUUACAACAAUUGCUAUUCCGAAAUUCAGCUGCUUCUUUAGUGGGAGAUUCCAAGGAAAGAAAGGAUCUCAACCUUCCAUUGAUUUCAGUGGUUUCAUUAUAUUCCCCAUCUUGAUCACUAUCCUGAAGGAAGAGAUUCAGCAAAAUUAUCAAAGUUGUCACACCAGCAUCUUAACAUGGAGCAUACCGAUUGCAUUAUCGGUCAGCUGUGUUAUCAUAAUGUCUGUGUUCCUUGCAACAUAUCGCUGUAAAUACUACAAAAAAGAAAAUGAAAACAUUGAAGUGAGACAGGAGGAUAAUGAAGAAUCAACAGAGUUCAGUAUUUCAUAGAGCUGUGUGCUGCACCUGAUUUGCUUCAGACUCUAAAAUGGAUAUGACGGGUGUCAGUCCUGGACUUGAGUACCAGCAGAAAAACUUUGUCUAUCAAUAGAACAAAUAUUUACCUUCACUCCUAUGGAAUGGCACUGUUAUUUGAAGCACAUUAUUACAACAUUACUAAUGAUUUCUGUAUUUUUCUUUCAAAGCACUGUUAGAAUGUAUUACUGGGUAGGUGUCUGAUACAAAAUACACCCUCGCCAAACUAAGAGUUUCUAACCAAAGAAUCGACCUUGAA